AUGCCAAAGGACUAUAUCGCACGUCUUGUCUAUGACCGUACCCAUCUAUCCAUCGCCAUUGUGAAGAAGCCCCUGGAAGUUAUUGGCGGUAUAUCAUUUCGAGAAUUUCGAGCGCGGAAAUUUGCCGAGAUCGUCUUUUGCGCUGUAUCAUCAGAUCAACAAGUUAAAGGUUAUGGCGCCCAUCUCAUGGCCCAUUUAAAGGACUACGUCAAGGCAACGUCCCCGGUAAUGUACUUCUUGACAUAUGCAGAUAACUAUGCUACUGGGUAUUUUCAGAAGCAGGGCUUUACGAAGGAUAUUUCACUUGAGAGAUCCAUCUGGAUGGGGUAUAUAAAAGACUACGAAGGAGGAACGCUGAUGCAAUGCUCUAUGGUACCCCGGAUACGCUAUUUGGAGAUUGGACGAAUGCUUCUCAAGCAAAAAGAAACCGUGCUCGCAAAGAUCCGACCUAUGAAUAAAAGCCACAUCAUUUACCAACCUCCUCAGCAAUGGGCCGAUGGCACCAUCACUCCAAUCGACCCGCUCACUAUUCCUCAUAUCCGGGCAACCGGUUGGUCCCCAGACAUGGACGAACUAUCAAGGCAGCCACGCCACGGGCCUCAUUUCAACGAGAUGCGACGGCUCCUGUACCAAGUUCAAGACCACAAACAAGCAUGGCCUUUUCUCCAGCCAGUCAACAAGGACGAUGUGCCAGACUACUAUAACGUCAUAACAUCCCCGAUGGACUUGUCGACGAUGCUUGAAAGACUAGAGCAUGAUUACUAUGCGGCGCCAAGGGAUCUUGUUAGUGAUCUCAAGUUAAUUUUUAGCAAUUGUCGGAAAUAUAAUGACGCAACGACUGUCUAUUCCAAGUGUGCGACAAAGCUGGAAAAGUACAUGUGGGGACUCGUCAAAGAGAUCCCCGAGUGGUAUGAUUUGUUAGAGGAGGAUGAAGAGUGA